AUGCAUACCGAUGACCCCGAAUUUAAAAGUCAUUUUGCGCUGAAAAUAAAGUUAAAAGCGUUUCACCUUUUUUGCGAGGAUUUAAGCGACGCGUUAAAGCUAAAAUUCAGGAUUUACUAUGAUGGCGAAGACGAAAGCAGUGUCCGCGUCUGCCCGGAGAGGGUUCUAGUAAUCGAGGUGUUGAACAGGGACUGGAACGUUAUGCUUAAGUCGAUCAUAAAGGAGUCCAUCUACCUACCCAUCGUGUGCCUAAGGGGGAAGUGUCCUCAGUUCAUUAACAUUAUUUUCAGCAUUGGCAAAAGAAGAGACCUAGGCCUAAAGCUAUACCUUAAUAAAAAUUAUGCCUUCUUAAAGUAUUACGGCACGAAGAAACUGUACAGUAUAUACGACUUAGACAAUGGCAGUGUGCAAGGCCACUUGGAACUGGCACUAGACAUAGUCAAGUGCAACCGGUCCAUCCCCUACUUCGGGAGGGAGCCUUCCAAAAUGGGGAAGGAGGACCACUAUCUUUUGGCAACAGAAGUUUCGGUCAGCAAAAUGUGGAAGGAGAUGGUGGAACACAUGAUGAACAGGGAUGUGGACGCUUACGUGGAGUCUUUUAGAAUAAUGCGGGAAGAUGGCUUCAGCGGAAUUCCACUAACGGACGGGAAUACCCCCCUGAGCCUGUUUGGUGGCUCAGCCAAGUAUGCUUACGAGCAAGUGCCAAUUCCAUUAAUAUCCCCCGCUGUUUUGUUUGACUAUUUCUACAUGGAAGUGUUCCCUCGAUAUAAGAAGAGUAACCCAUCAUGGAUUAGAGUCGUUAACGAUUCAUAUGACAAAUACCUGUGCAGGCACUUCCAAAAGAAGGACAUCUACGAAGAGAUCCGAGCCUGCGCGCUCUUCUUCUACCUAGAGAGUAUCUUUGUUAAAGUGGCCACAAGUUUUGCAAAAUGUGUUAUUAUCCAGGAGUAUACGAAGUACACCUCGCCGAGGUACCUUGAGAAGCUGUUUGCAGGAAUGCCAAAGCGUAGGAUCCAGUUCGACGACGACUUUAAAUAUGAAAAGAUAUCUGGGAAGAGCCCCCUAGACGUUUUCAAGUUGUUUGACGGAGAUGAGGUGUACGUAACACAGGACUCUUAUGUGGUGGGAGAGGGGCUCAUAGGGAUUCUCAUUUUUGGGGACGACCAAACGGACACGGACCUCGCGUGCAAGACGUACAACCGAGAAAUAAAGGCGCAGCAGUGGAUAAACAAAGGCAUAGCCAAGGUUAAAAGCCAAAAUUUAAAGGGGCUGGCCAAGGAAUGCGGAAAAGGCAGAAUCGACGGGACGGUUUCCUUGUCCUUGUUGUCUUUCAACCUAAGCGCGCUUGUCUCCUACAAGGGUUUCAAAAUGUACGUCAUUCCGUCCCCCGUCUUGCCGCUGACGGUUAGGACACUGGACGAGGUCACCGAUGAUCUCAAGCACGAAUUGAGGCUUCUGGAAAGGGCCAUCCCCACUUAUGCAUUGCUCACACGGAUGAAGCGGAAGGAAGCAUUCUUGGCCAAGUACCACUCGGAGGAGAAUUACAUGUUCUACAAUAUUAACACUAUGUUCCUUGGGAUGAAGAAGAGGCAUUUCUCCAUUUUUGAAGAUCCACAGGGGGAAGCAUCCGACAUUGAGGAACAAAACAACCAGGGAGAGGGUUACAAGGGAAAAUCUUUUUACUCAAAUGAUAUGAAGGUGAGAGGGAACCUUGACCUCUACUAUCAAGAAGUAGAGACAGAUGGAUGGGGUAGAAGAACACAUGGGAAGAACUCAGAAAAAUACAUUGAGCGUGUCUUAAGGGAGAUCGAAAGUCUUUCCUUUAGUGUCCCAUUUGAUAGUAUCUCAUUAAAAAUGUACUUACAUGGAAGGGGGUUAAAAAUGAAACAACUUGGGAAGAUGCUCAAUUGUGUGUCUCUGAGGUGGCUAUACGAUAUGAUUGCAAAUGAGAUUCUAAUCCGUUGUAUUAAAAAGUUUGUCCAUUUGUGCAUGCGUGAGAUCUGCUUGUUUUGUAAAGGGAGAGUGAAUCAGUACGAUCGGCUACAUGGUGGGGAAAUUUCCGCAGCUAACUCAUGUACAGAGUUUGACUUUUCUGUGGAGUCUGAUUUGUUAAGCGAUGAGGUGGGCCAACUAAAAGGGGAGACAUCACAGCCACGUUGUUCCGAUUCAAGUGGAUACAGCUCGACCUGCUCUGAGACGUCUUCUCUGCGUAGCGACGAUACGGAGGGUACCUCCGAAUGGGGUUGCAGCCAUUAUCUGCUGAGAAAGAGAGAAAGAAAACGGAAACUUUGCUCAAGGAAGAAGGCACUGAUGUCAUUUAUAGGCAUGAGGAAGGUGAUGAGUAGGAACGUGCUACUGAAUAGUCACAUGGGAAGGGUCCUGAGGGGGUAUGCCGAGCCAGGUGGAUCCUCUUCCAACGGGGGAAGCAACCCACAAGGGGGGGAUUCCCUUGUGAGAAAGCUCCUAAAUUUUGACUCCUUCAAAAAGUACAGGAGCGGAGAGAUGUACAUAUUAAAAAGGAAGAAGGUGAAGGGAGGCAUAAAAAUUGUGAGAAAAAAAUACAAAGGAAGUGUAACUCUAAUCGAUAUAUUUGUCAUUAAUCUGUUCAAUCUGAUAUUCGUACAGGAGAGUGGAACAGACAGGGAUCUCCUAGCAGCUUUGCAAACCAUAUCAACAAAGUUUUUUCACACGAGUCUAGGCAACUCCGUAGAGGCAGAUCAGAAGAAUUACCUCUACACAAACUUGCAGCCUUGUUUGGGGAUCUCCUUCUACCGUGCAUCUCUGGAUCAGCAGAGCGGGAAAAGGAACUCUCCUAAUGGAAGAUUUUCCAUCCAUCACUUGAAGGCAUAUCACACAAAAAUUAAGAGGUCCAUAAAUGUUACGUACAUGGAUUUGCCAACCUAUAAGUAUACGCAUCGACAUGAAAUGAUACCUCUCGAAAUAGCCAGCGAAAAUAAAAAAAUAUUGUCCAACGUUAUUUUUUUUACCAUAAUGUAUUAUCAUCACCUCAGUGCCACUAACGAGGUGUACACGAGGGAGUUAUUCUUAAAGCAGAGGAAUCGAUUCCCCAGAAGAAGGGGAAGCUCUGACCAGGAAGAUCAAACCAGUGGACAUAAUAGCACAUACACAGUCAGGUUAGACUCUCUCAUUGCAUCAAAAGACAAUGUCGCUUUUUAUAGUGACUCCAAUUAUCUAGCUCUUUAUGGCUUCCUAAAUAUGGUUUCUUUGGGCGUACAGCUUGGCUUCUUCGAAAGUACUUUAAAAAGGCUUAUUGCCCUUUUUCGAUACAUCCCAGAAAAUAGUGUCAUCUCGGUGCACGUCCGGAUUAUGUGGCUGCGCAUGCAUGCGUUGAAGGGGAGAUAUCCUCAGGGGGGAGGUAUCCUGGGGGACGACAAGGCUAACGAGAAGAGGGUAGAGAAGCCCUAUAAAUGGGGUAACACAAAAUGGGUGCCUCACCCCUUCCGGAAGAAUUCCGUAGAUGUAGAAUCAACAGAAGCGAGUUUCAGCUCCGUGUCCGGCAGGGGGGUGUUCCUUCUUGACGACGAGACAGCUUCGCAGUGCGCGGAUUGCUCUGCUUGCAGCGAUCUUUGGAGCGAGACGUACGGAGAAAAAUCGAAUCUUGAUCUCGAUGACAAAUGGAGUGACGUGUCGGACGGGGAAAUGAAACAAAUCGAUCAGGCUGAGAAGUCCGACUGGACGGAGGCAAACCAGAAAAUUUUCUUCCGCUCUGGGGACAAACUGGAUCUCUACAAGGGGACUCACGAAUGUUGCUCCGUUAUCUUGAAUAACUACUUUGUCUUCUUCCACCCCAUGCACCUGGAUUUCUACCUCUCCCUGGCGUGGUACAACAGCAGCGUGAAUAACUACCGGGAGUUUCUGUUGCUCCUCCGAACGGCCAUUCUUCUGCAGCUGAACAUGAGGUUGAAGACCCACCCCGGAGAAAGGAUCAAAGAUGUGGUGAAGCUCACUGACAAUUUUGAAAAUCUCGUUUACCUUAACUUUGACGUUUCUUCGUAUAGGGCAAACGGGUUGAGGAAGGAAAAAGAGCACUUGUUGUUGGAGAGGGUCCGAAAUUUGUCUAGAUUUUUCCUCAACAGUAUAUGCUACCCCCAUGAGGAUCUAUUUCUACAUGCUAACCUAGAGACGACGAUGAAAUGCUCCUCUGUGUAUAGCAUCCGCCUGGGGUGUACUGUCCAUCAUUUUGCGAACAGCUUAUUUCAUUACUACUACACGAAUAGGGUGGUUAGGAAGUACCGGAAUGAGAACUUCGUGAUGAAUGGGUCCCUCUGCUGCAUCUCCGUUUUGGAGCAUGUGCGUGAUGUGUAUCAGUCGUUCGGCGCGGAGAAUGUGCACGUGGGUGAAGCGUCUCUGGACCUGGCGCUGAUGGCUCUGAAGACUUACUUGAGCGAGAUGCCCGAGUUUGGUUGGAACUGCGUGAUGGCAUACGCGCUGGCGAACGCGCGGCGCGCGGCGGAGACCUUCCGGCGGAACCUUGGAAUAAACCACGCCGACACGCUACAGAGCCACUAUGUCCUCAGCCUCGUCUACAUGUAUCUAGACAGUGAAAAGUGUCUGCAUAUGUUUGAAGGAAUAAGUUACUACCUGCUCAAUUAUAAGUACCCCCAUUCGGGGAAAAGCAUCUUGAAUCGCGUCUACUGUUAUGUCCCAGAUUUUGUCUUAACAGAUGAAGGGGUUCACUCCGAAGGGAGAAGAAUCCCCAAUCGAUGUAGAAUAAAGUGGUACCUUCUACACUUCUGGUUUAGCUUUUGCAUACCUAUGAAGUACCUCCGAAAAAUCCGAAAAAUUCUGUUUCUGCUCUUUUCUGUGGAGCGGUGUAGAAGGAGAAAGAGUCAAGUCGGAGGGAGAAGCGCCUCAGCCAGACGAGGUGCUCGCUUUGAAGACGGAUGGGUUAACCGAUGUGAUGACCUCCUUCGUGGGAAUGUCCUCUGGGCCUGUCCAAAGAAUGUCGAUGAGGAACACAUAUUCCCCUACGAGCAGCUUGUCUCCUGCAUACGUGGCUACAGACACAUUUUACCCCUCCAAGAGUUGUUUAGCCAAAUGGAAGAAUACAACGGCCUGCUCAAAUGUAAUAAGCACGUGGUGGAGGAUAGUACAAGCAGGAUAGACCGAUGUGACGAUAGAAGAGGACUAGCCACUGUAGAGAGUUUCCAUCAUACGAAUGAUAUUCGAUUGUUACCUUUGCUUCUAAGCAGAGUCGACACAGAGCAUAACAACAGGAUGGGAGCCUUUUCUGAUGGCUUCGUAAAAAGUGCUCUGAAGCACAAAAACGAAUUUGCCAAUUAUGUGCAACAUCCAGACUUUCGAAAUGACGAGGCUGUGGAGGAUUAUCUGAAGAGAGAGACCCAAGAAAGCACAAUAAAGAGGAAAAAAAGCGUCACAGAUUAUUACUUAAAAAAGCUAAUAAAAAUCGUAGAACAGCAAGUUGAGUUGCUUUACAAGAAGGAGAAAUACAAACAUGAUACGGAGCUACAUUUCUCCAAUUGGACAAAUAAAACGUGUGCAAGUUUGCCUUUACGGAUGAAUAAAGUAAAGAGAAGCGAAAGGAAUAACGACACAGAGGAUUGUUCCCUUUUGUGGAAUAGAAGGGUGUCUUUCGGUAGCAGCCAAGCCGAUACUGUUUCUUUCUUAUGUUCAGACAGCGGCGGUGAUUCCUCGCGUGUGUGUUCCACUGUCUAUUCGAUUGGCUCUUCGACUGCCUGUGGAGAGAAUUCCUCCAGUGGGCAGAGGGACCAUCCAAGUGCCCAUAAACGGGACAGACACCGAACAGAGCAUGUGCGGGCUACACAGACGGGAAAGUUGAGAGGUGCUUCCCUGGUGAACAACGAUGUGCACGUCCUGAUGAGCUUGCUGUAUCACUUUCUCAACAUGGAGAAGUUUCGCCUCUUAUAUUCGCGGGCGGCAGACGGGGGGUGA